AUGGCUGCGGUGCCACGGUGCCCGGACAUUCCUGAGUUCCAGGUCGCCGUCCGCUUCGAUGAUGAUCCUAAUUUUACUUGGCAUCAUCGUAUCUUGUUGCGACGUGUGCGAGACGCUGUGUGGAUCACGCUCACUCCAGAUCUCGACCUCGAGAGGAUCAAUCUGGACGAGCGUCGGCAUCGGGUGCUCGAGCGAGGGCAGGCUUUUCCAGAUGCCAUCGCUGGGGACCUCUACGCCUUCGACCCGAUCGGACGAGAGGCGGUCGCUGGGCACAAGAGACGUGCUCGACUUCAGGCGGCCGUGCUCGGCGGGGACGAGGACGAGGCCAUGGACGCUGAGGAAUGGGUCUAUGCUGACCUCGAGGACCCAGCGUUCGGGACGCUCGUCGCCGCCGAUGUCCUCGAGGGGGACGAGUUCGUGGAGCUGGGCAAUCGCGGGCUGGUGCGCCGUGAAGGUACCGCUCGGGGGGUCGAGAAGGUUGGACGUGCUCGACUGGGAGAGUGGUCCGAGCAGCGUCGGGUCGGCGCUGAGGACAUCAGGAGCCUGGGCGUCCACACUGCAGCGGACGGCACACGUCACCUUGGGUGGACGGACGCCGUCGGCAUGCUGCGCGAGAGUGACAUGCCGGAGUGGAAGUUCGAGGGGCCGCGAGUGUGCAAAGAGCUGGCCGCCUCGAUUCGAGAAGGCGCAGGGAACCCGACUUCGUACCACGCCGAGUGGAUCAGGCUGUCGGGGGUCAACCAGAACAGCGCCAUCGCCUAUGAGCACAAGAACGCCAUGGAGAUGUUGCGUGUGGCCACCAGCACCGACCAGGUCGACAUCAGCAACCUGGCCUCGUUCGAGCUCCUCGCGAGGCGGGUCGUCAUGCUGGAGAUGGCGGUGGCGCGGGACCCCCGGGAUCCCGACUUCAGUGGGCUCGGAGUCAUUGCUGACGGCGCCGUGGGGACCGACGGUGCUGCACGAGCGCCGAGGUUCCGCACCUGGGCGUCUGAUCGUCAGAAGGAGAGGGCGAACAUCCUCAAGCAGUCGAGGUUGUACAAGGAGGAGACCAGGAACGAGCGGGAGAGGUCACCAAAGCCGACUGGUGGCCUGGCGGGGAGUGGAGGCACGGAGGACCCUUUCUUCUUCCUGUGCCCGACGUUCGGCAGUACCCACGUGGAGCCCCUCACUAUGUGCAGCAGAGGCCUCGCUCCAAGCAGAGCCCUCCGGGAGCUCUUCAAGACGAAGGACCUGCACGGUCAAGAGCCACGUCACCUUGCCAGUUAUGAUCCAGCCAAGCUGCGAGUGGCCAAGGGAGUGGUGGAACCCAAGGAUGCGAGAGCGCUGCUACCACCUCAUGCAGCGCAGAGGCUCCGACGCUACAAGACGUGCAUCGAGCUGUCCGCCGAGGAGAUCGAGGCCAAGUUCGCCUCCGAGCCCUCGCCCAAGCCCUACUGGGACCCCGUGCUGCGGCGCAACAAGCGGGCCCGGCACGAGCUCUUCGAGCACCUCCUCUCCUCGGGCAUCUUGGUGCCUAGGAGGCGUCUCAAGGGCCGUCUCGGGCUCUUCUCUGUCAAGAAGAAGGAGGGGGCCAUUCGCCUCAUCGUGGACGCCCGAUACCCGAAUGCCUGCCACAAGCCGCCGCCCACCACACAGCUGGGGACCGCGCAGUCCUUCGCGGAGCUCAACCUGGCCGAGUUCGCGGACGUGGCGGCGGAGAUGGCGACUCAUUGUGUUCUGCCUGGUGCUGGGGGUGUUCCAGCUUUGGACUUCCACCAGAGUGGCGCUGACGUGCGCGACGGCUUCUACCAGUUCAGCAUCGUCGAGGUGGCCGACUGGUUCGGGAUCGACGAGCCGUUCAGCAAGGGGAGUUUUGGCAUCACCAAGGUGUUCGACCCCGAGCUGGGCGUGGACGUGGAGCUUGCCGAGCACGAGUCCUUCUACCUCUGCAUGGGGGCCAUGCCCAUGGGAUGGUCGUGGGCCCUCUACUUCUGCAACGAGGCGGUGGCCUCCCGCGCGGCGGCUGUGGCUGCUGAUGGGUGGGGUAGCUUGCUCCGAGAGCGCGCUCCGGCCCCCCGCCUGGUCCCUGGGCGGCCCGUCCACGCAGCGUACGUGGACAACCACGCCGGGCUGGGGCACAGCGCCAUGGACGCAGAGCAGGCCCACCAGGACUUCCGCGCGCAGUGUGCCGCCUUCGGCCUCGAUCUCCACGAUGAGGUCCCCUGCAGCCCCUAUCUCGAGGCUCUCGGGCUGCAGUUUGACGGGCCGGGCCGCCGCCUGCGGCAUCGGCCAGCCCGCCUCUGGCGCUUCAAGCUGGCGACUGCAGCCCUGCUUCGCCGCCGUGCGGUGGCAGGAUGGCAGCUCGAGAUCUGGCUGGGCCACGCCGUUCACAUGUGCGGCCUCUGCCGACCCCUUUUGUCUAUCCUGUCCCAGAGCUACGCCUACGUCGCGGCUCACAAGGAGAGGUCAGGCCGCUUGUGGCGAGGCGUACGGCGCGAGCUCUGGCUCAUGUCCAACCUGGUCUUCACCUGCGAGGUGGAGCUGGACGCGCCGUUCAACUCGUCGGUCUACCUCGGCGACUCGUCGGGCUACGGCUACGCUCUCAUGGAGACGAAGGGCACAGGCGACGAGCUGCUGGAGGACUUCAAGUGGAGGGAGCGCUGGAGGUUCAAG